AUGGAAUCUGGCGUACUGAAUCAGGACGGCCCUCAAAUGGCAAAUGACAAUGGACCCCAGAUACUGUUGGCAAAACAUUUGAAUGGCAAGAAGUCGGAGUGGGACGCUAUUACUGCGCAGAAGGAACCUCUACGGCUUCUAGACCUACCUGUCGAUAUCCUACAGGCAAUCCUGAAAGAAGUAAUACACACAAACGACCUGACGUCGCUCGCCUUGACACACUCGGCCCUUCAUGCGCUCGUGAUACCUCAUAUCUAUUCCAGAUUCGAUAUCGUUUGGCCCGAUGCGAAUGCCACUUUUGAGAAUCGGGUGGGCGUUGAUGCCCUGACAUAUGGUCUGGCAACUCUUGUCAUGGCUCAUGAUGUGUUUGGCGAGGCUCCAUAUCAACAACAGUCCCAGCAUCAUUGUUCACAUUGCGGCCAUUCCAACCCGCAGCCCAAUAGGCCUCGCAGGAUUCGGCGGGGGAACUAUUUCGCCCAAUAUACUCGCAAGUUCAGUCUCGGAAAUGGCCCUGCGGAUUGGGUCCAGGAGUAUCUGAUAACAAAAGAAGGCGGGAAGAUGCUAGGCACGCUCGUGGCACUCGCAGUUGGCAGGAUGCGCAAUCUUGAGGCUUUCAUCUGGGACAUGCCCACCGGCGUCCUCCGCGAUGUGUGGCUGGCCUUGGCAUCUCUUGGGAACCGUGAUGACGGACAGGAAUGUCGUCUUGAGCGAGUAUGGGUACGAUGGCAUGACAAUCAAAACGAUGGACCCUUGACUUCACCUCAUCCGGCUAUCGCUCCAGGACCGCAGACCCCAAACAUACCUACCAUUCUUGCCAACUCUAUGCACUCUCUAUUCCAAAUCCCGCCGUAUCCUCGGGUCGAGUUUCCGACGUUUUCAAUACUACCGCCACUCAGAAGUCUGAGCGUUCUCGACAUUGACGAGUUGCCUUAUGCCGAGGAGAUGAGCGUGUUGAUCGAGAGGUCGCUUGGAAGACUGAAGGAGCUGCGAGUAGGAAUGUCAGCAAAUGCACAGUUCGACAUCUGGGCAUUGCCAUCGGAGGAAAGGGCUCCUGAUCUAUCAUCGAUCAUGUCUGGACUCAGCGACCAGGCACCUCGGCCUGGGGGAAUUUUGGGCGUGCUCGUACACCGGUUCUGCAAUGCCUUCUCUCCACAACCGAGCUCCAUAAUUUCAGUCCAAGUCCAGAAACACACCGGAGGCAUGCCUGUUGAAGCAGACUAUACUCCACAUCACCAGAGGAUAGAUGAGGCAGGAACCUUGGUCAACCCCUCAGAAAUUGACCAACUCGGUCUGCUGUUUUCCGCACACAGCAUACAUAACAGCGAUGAUGUGCAGACGCAUGAUCAAGACCCUAUGUCCAAGCGAAGUCCUCCUCUCACUCAGCCACAAGCCCAUAAACCACACCAUGCGCAAAGGAUUGGGCAUCCACUUCAUCCGUCCGGCAGAGAUAGUGCCCCUUCCCGAAAGCUCCAACUGGAGUCCUUUGAAUGCGAACGGGUCUUCCUGUCCAUACCCGUAUUGUCUCAGGCAAUUGACUGGUCGAGGUUGACCACACUUACGCUACUAGGCUGUCGAAAUCACGAGCAGUUGUGGAGAGCACUUCGCAAACGAUUCACCCCAAUGAGUCGUAGGAGAGUGUCCUCGGCGAACUUCAAGACGCCGUCCAACGCCAAUAUAUUUGCCAACCCGUCAGCGUACGGGCAUGCAACGACGAAUGCCAGCACGCCUACAUCGGCACCAGCUGCUUCAGAGUACACAUUGAAGCUAAAACGCCUACACACCGACACUGUUUCGCCUUCGCUCAUUGCCUUUAUCAGAGACACUCUGGCACCAGACAGUCUCGAAUGGCUCUUUCUGCAACGGAAUCCGGCGUACAAGCCGCCUGUCACGAUUGAGAUGAUCUACAAGGGUGCUAUUCGACGGCACCGCUCGAGUUUGAGGAAGUUACUCAUCGACAGCACCUUGAGACUCGACAACCCAGGCAGUCCAGACGCUAGUCCCCGCAGUAACUGGCGGCGGUGGGUGGCCAACCGCGAGCUCAUCACAUGCAUCACCAGUGGCAAGAUGAAGCUGCGCGAGUUGAGCAUGUCGAUCGAUUACAAGGACUGGCAUUACUUCUUGCGGCGGUUGCCCUAUGCCACUACUCUCCGGUCGAUGCAUAUCCCACAUAUCGUCGGCUAUGUGCAUGGCACAGUGCACCCUCGUGAAGCAGCCUUACAAGUGCUCGACAUUGUCGCCUUGCGGCCCGAACUCGAGCUCUGUUACCUAGGCGUGGAAAAUCAGUGUUUCGAGAUUCUGGAGUAUGCGGAACCGCCACGCAAGGCGUCCCGGUCCGGGCUGGACUCAAAUGUCGCUUCAGGGGGGUUUCCUGGCAGUGGCAUGGUCCAGCAUUCCGGAGAUGAUAUAGAGACCGACGCACAUGUCGGUCCAGCAGGGGGCGGCGGCGGUGGGUUUGUUGACCAUCACCAUCAUACCCAACUCCACAACCUCCCGCAUAGCCAUGCGCAUCAGCAUCAGCAUGUUCAUCAUGCGGAUGAUCAAGGUGGUGAGGACGGUCACGGUGGUGGUGGUGACGACGAGGGCGGCCACGAAUCAGCCAAUUCCAGCGACCUGGAAGCCCUCUCCGACCCAGGUGAGGGUAUCAGUGACGACGAGGACAGCGAUGAGAGCGACGACCAAGGUGCCGACGGCGACGGCGGCGGCGGCGGCGGUGGCAGCAGCAAUCGACGCACCAAGCGCACCUGGCGGCUGCGAGAGAUUCUAUUUUACGAUGACAAGAUAUCCAUUUUCAAAGCGAGGCAUGGUCGGUUAUGA